CUCGCUUUUUUGACUUGGAAUCUGCUGAAUCGACUCCAAUGCUUCCGACUUGUUGCGCUGAGACGGCCGACACCUAGAACCGCCUCCCUAACAUGACCUCCAUCCCGCCUCAGCCGCUUCCCCGGCUGAUACCCGCAGAGAAGAUUAUUCCGAAUACGAAAAAGAUCUUGGCAGAACUCCGUGAAGUUCGUAAUUCGAUACCCAAAAACGUCGUCCCUUCAAUCGCUUGUUUUGACAAUGUUAUCAAACCGCUCAUUGACGUGGACAAUCGCACUCAAGGCGAUCUCCAAGUCAUGACGAUGCUGCGCUAUGCCUCGCCAGACAAGGCAGCGAGGGAGGCUUCUGAAGAGGCUGUCAGGCUCAUGAGUGAGUGCGACGCUGAAUUCACCGCCAGAACGGACCUCUUCACACUCAUCAAAGCGGUCAACGAUAAGGAUGAGCCCUUGGAUUUUGAGGCAUCCAAGUAUCUAGACAAGCUAAUCAAAGAUUUCUCGCGCUCUGGGCACGGCUCGCUUGACGAGGGUGACAUAAAGCGUUAUCUAGAUCGUCGAAAUGAAAUUGACAAUCUGAGGCGCCAGUACAAUCGCAACGUUCGCGAAGAGAAUGGGGGCAUAUGGUGCUCACUCGAAGCGCUAGACGGGUUGUCCUCUCAAGAUAUCUCUCGUUUUGAAGAAGGCAUGAAUCCAGAUCAAGAGACAAUGAGGUUCAUCCCCCAUCAAAGGGCCAAUUUCGAAAGCAUUAUGAAAAACGCCAGGAAUCCUCUGACGCGCAAGAGGAUGUAUGUAUCCGAUGCCUACAAGCUGCCGGAGAAUCUCGAUUUGUUCAAGGACGUCAUCACAAAGCGCGAUCAAAAUGCGCGUCUACUUGGGUAUGGCAGCCAUGCAUCAUUCAGGCUGGAGAAUCGCGUUGCGAAAACUACAGAUUGGGUGAUCAACUUCUUCAGCCAACUCGCAGACACAUUAUUGCCACAAGGCGAAAGCGAGAUGCAAUCAUUACUGGAAGUGAAAAGGAAGUACCUGACUGAGAAUACCGACUAUCCACAGGAUUACCCAAACUCCAUGCCUCCUUGGGACUUCGCAUUCUACAGUCGGAUUGCUCUGGAAGUCUUUCAGGUGGAUCAUGUCAAAAUAUCCGAGUACUUUCCUCUAAGUUACACGGUCACAGCAAUGUUGGACCUGUUCACCUCCUGUCUCCAAAUCCGUUUCAUCCCAGUCCCCUCGGAGGCUCUGGAUGGUUUUCGGUGGCACGAGGAUGUCGAGGUAUGGAGUGUUUGGGACGAGAAUGAGGCGACAAAGAGUGGAUUUGUUGGAUAUCUCUACAUGGAUCUGCUAUGGCGACCGAAUAAAUAUCCAGGCGCACAAAAUGUCAACCUUCAAUGCAGUUAUCUCAAAGAUGAUGGCACCAGAGUGUAUCCUGCAACAAUCCUCAUGUGCGGAUUCCCCCGCCCAACUGAUUCAGGUUGUGCUUUACUUAAGCAUCAUGAGGUGGUUACUCUUUUUCACGAACUUGGGCACGGCAUACAUGACCUUGUCUCUCGGACUUCAUACGUCGCAUUCCACGGCCACAGAUCGCCUCCUGAUUUUGCGGAAGCUCCCAGCGUGAUGUUGGAGAAUUGGUGCUGGAUGAAGGAUGCGCUUAAGCGCAUGAGUUGCCAUUUUACAAAACUGGACCUGGAGCUUUUGCGAAAUUGGCAAAAGAAUCACCCUGGCGAAGAAGUACCGCCAGAACAGAUCCCCAACGAGCUAUUAGAUGGGUUGGUUCGUAGUCGGAAGCAUAAUAGAGCGCUAUGGUAUCUGCGCCAGUUGGCACUAUCCCAAUUUGAUAUGGCUGUUCAUCAUGUAUCGAGCCACGAAGAAUGCUACAGCCUCAAUCCAGGAAGCAUGUACAACGACCUGAUGGAGAAAUACACCUUCUUAACGAACCCCGAACCUCAAGAUCGCGGGCACCCGCACACGGAUUUCGGCCAUCUGUUCUCUGGAUACGAUGCAGGAUACUAUUCCUAUUUAGCAGCACACGUCUUUGCCGCGGACAUUUUCCAGACGACAUUUGCGAAGGAUCCCGGCAGUCAGGCGGCCUGGGAAAAGUACCGCCGUGGAAUUCUUCAAUAUGGCGGAAGCCGGGAUGAGUUGGAAAUGCUGGAGGAGUUUCUCGGUCACCCUGUUAGUACAGAGGCCUUGUUCCAGAGCUUGGAAUUGUAGAAGAAUCGAUACUUGCGACGUUUUUCAGCCA